ACUCAGCGGCAUUGGCCAGCAUGCAGGCCUCCGCGGAGGCCAACUCGCUGGAUAUACAGGCCAUGCAGUCCAUGGACUGGCUCUUCAAGAAGGAGCGCAUAUACCUGCUCGCCCAGUUCUGGCAACAGAGAGCAACUUUGGCGGAGAAAGAAGUAUCCGCGUUAAAGGAACAACUCGCCGCGGCGAAUGACAGCAAUUCCAAGACUGAGGGGCACCAAUUGUCUCAACCUCCGCAGGGAAACGAUCAACAGCAAGUACACGAUGCCAGCAAUCCCAGGAGGACGCCUAACAGCAACCUCGAGCAGGAACUGCAGGCCAAAGACAAAGAGAUCAGCCAACUGGUCGAGGAGGUGUCUAGACUACAGCAGAGCCUGCAACGCCUUCAGGAGACAAGCGCGCAGGCAACGGCGCGGCUCGAAGAGGAACUCGAAGCGCGUAGGCAGCACAUCAGCAGACUCGAGAGCAAAUUGGAACGGCAGAGGGAUUAUGACGACCUGAAGCGCGAAAUCAAUGUACUAAGGUCAGUCGACCUUUCGCAGAUACCAACCGGCGAACCUGGCAAGAGUUUAGAACACCUUCUUAUGGAACGUAGCAAGGCGUUGCAACAAGCCGAGAACUUGAAACCAUCCAAUACAUCCGAUGUACUCGGUGGAUUAUCGUCACCCCUGCAGCGCGCCUCGACCGCCUCGCCUCACGGGGUCGGAGGUGUGCCACCUACGUCCCAUGUGUCCUCCCAACAACCACCGCCACCGCCCCUGGCAGUUUCUCUCCCUCCACGUUCCACCCCGACGCCCUCUUCGGCCACUUCGACGACUUCGAGUCUCCUCUUCCCGCACUCUCUCCAAAACGUCGAGACCUUCGGCUCCUUCCUCGGUGAAGAAAUCGUCGCCAAUUGGAGGCGGACGUUGGAAAAGUCUUUCAUAAAUCAGCCGCAGCAGCAGCAGCAGCAACAGCAGCAGCAGCAAUCAUCGCAGCAACAACCGCAGCAGCAGCAACAGCCGUCUCAAUUGAGCCAGUUGGCUCAGCAGCAACAGCAGUUGCAGCAAACUCAGCCGCACAUGGGCUUGCAUCCGCCGACAACGCCCAGUAGUCUAAAUCAUCUUCCAUCACCGACGGAUCCGUCGUCCACUUCGAAUACUCCGGCGAAGUCGAACACGCCGAUCGGCACGACGCCUCUAGGAAGUCUAGACAUCGCUGAAAAGGCGCCGACGCCGGUGUCAGGACACGAAACACCAGCACCACCGACUCCAUCCUCCACAACCGCCUUAACAUCGCCGCCGAGCUUUCAGCCGCCAACGUCGAUGGUAGAAAGUAGUACCCCCUCGGCUUCUGUCAACGGCGGCGGCCUGACACCCGGUGUGCCCAGUGCGCCGCCUCCCAAGAGUCCGGCCGAUCAAGAAUCAUGUCAUAACAAUAAUAACAGCCAUCAUCUGGCGAACAACAACAUCGGCAGCCUGAGCGUUCUCGACACGCUGAAGAGUCCGUUUCGCUUCGACGACCGAACGCAUCCCUUCCGAUUUGGCGACGAGUUCGGGGCCGCCGGUAUGGCCGGUCGGCUGGGCGAGUCACUCAUUCCAAAGGGCGAUCCCAUGGAGGCGAGGCUGCAGGAGAUGCUGCGCUACAAUAUGGACAAGUACGCCUCGCAAAAUCUCGAUACUCUUCACAUAGCCAGGCGAGUGCGCGAAUUACUGUCGAUACACAAUAUCGGACAGAGGUUGUUCGCCAAGUACGUUCUCGGGUUGAGUCAAGGCACUGUCAGCGAAUUGCUCAGUAAACCCAAGCCUUGGGACAAGCUGACCGAAAAGGGCCGCGACAGUUAUCGGAAGAUGCACGGCUGGGCUUGCGACGACAACGCCGUGCUGCUGCUCAAAUCCCUGAUCCCCAAGAAAGAGUAUGUUUCAGGCAAGGAGCAGGGAAUGCCAGCAUUCGCACGUGGACCACAGGAUAGUGGUCCGCCAGAAAUGAGUGACGAAAGACUGGCUCAUAUACUGUCGGAGUCGGGCCAUUUGCAAAUGAGAAGUGAGCACGAGGUAUCAAACGACGCGGACAGUAAGAGUCCGAGUAGGAUCGGUUGCCCGAGUCCGUUCAGCAAAGACAGAUUGGAUAGUCAAAACAGGAGAUUAAAGAAGUACGAAAACGACGACAUUCCCCAGGAGAAGGUGGUGAGAAUCUACCAGGAGGAACUGGCUAAGCUGAUGGGUAGAAGAGUGGAGGAUCUUCGUCCGCGAGAGUUCCCUCCUAGUGCGAUCUUUCCGCAUUUUUUCAGUGGCGCCCAAGGCGGUCUUCAAGGUAUCGAACGCACCCAAGAAGACAUUCGAAUGGCAUUGGAUGCUUAUCACCGUGAGCUUCAAAAAUUGAACGCCGCACCAGGACAGAAUCCUUCCGGAAUCACCGGCCUGCCAGGCCUACCAGGACUUCCAGGCUUGCUGGCGCUUCAGCAACAAGCUCUCCAGCAACAUCACUUGGCCGCAAACGGCGGCGGUGUUCAGGACCUCAGCUUAGGCAAAGUGGAUCCGCGUAAUAAAAUGAUAAACGGCGUAUCGGAAGAGGAGAAGGAAAAGAUGGAGGAGGCGAUGAGACACGCCGGGAGUGCUUUCUCCUUGGUGAGACCGAAGCAGGAAUCGACGGGUCCUCAAUCGACACCCGGUGGUUCCAGCGCGAGUUCGCCACUGGGCAAUUCCAUACUUCCCCCAGCGAUGACACCUAACGAGGAGUUCUCCGGUGCGGCGGCGGCCAGCCCUCUUCAGAGGAUGGCUUCCAUCACCAACAGUCUGAUAAGUCAACCGUCCACGCCAACUCACCACUCGGCUAACCAAAGGCCGCUCAAAGCUGUGCUUCCGCCGAUCACGCAACAACAAUUCGACAUGUAUAAUAAUCUUAAUACCGAAGACAUCGUGAAGAGAGUGAAGGAACAGCUAUCCCAGUAUUCGAUCUCCCAACGACUAUUCGGCGAGUCGGUAUUGGGUCUGUCUCAGGGAUCGGUAUCAGAUCUUCUCGCGCGUCCCAAACCGUGGCACAUGUUGACUCAGAAAGGUCGCGAGCCCUUCAUCCGAAUGAAAAUGUUCCUGGAGGAUGACAACGCGGUACACAAACUGGUCGCCAGCCAGUACAAGAUCGCUCCGGAGAAGUUAAUGAGGACCGGCGGCUACGGCGGCCUGCCUCGUAAGUUUAACUCAGCGUGUGGAACGCCUAUGAAACCGAUGCCACCAACGAAACUUGUCCAAGAACAACUUCAAAACGCGGCGAAAGCGCAAGCCGCCGCACAGGCAGCUGCGCAAGCAGCGGCACAACAUCAACAGGAAAAUCAGAUGCAGCUUGGACCGCCUCAGCAGAGUCCACAGCAUCCGCAACAUCCGCAGCCACCACCGCCAAUGAUGUUGACCCCGCCCGGUCCCCAUCAUCCGCAUACUCAACUCAGUAUGCAGGAACUGCAGAAGAAGCAGCAACAGCAGCAGCAACAAAUGUCGCUGCACUCGCCGCAUCAUCAAAUGGCGCCGUCGCCUCUUCGAGGUCUUCAUCCGCAUAUUUCACCAAGUGUGUACGAGAUGGCCGCCCUCACGCAAGAUCUCGACACGCAGACGAUCACCACAAAAAUCAAGGAAGCAUUGCUGGCGAACAACAUCGGCCAGAAGAUUUUCGGUGAAGCGGUUCUCGGUCUGUCGCAGGGUUCGGUCAGUGAACUGUUGAGCAAACCCAAACCGUGGCAUAUGCUCAGCAUAAAGGGCCGAGAACCUUUCAUCAGAAUGCAACUUUGGCUGUCAGACGCGCACAACGUCGACCGGCUGCAGGCGUUGAAGAACGAACGACGAGAAGCGAACAAAAGACGACGCAGUAGUGGCCCCGGUCACGAUAACAGUUCCGAUACUUCGAGCAACGACACCGCCGAAUUUUAUCACGCGGCCUCACCCGGCCCGGGACCGGCCUCCGCGAAGAAGCAGCGCGUGCUUUUCUCGGAGGAGCAGAAGGAAGCUCUGAGACUUGCUUUCGCCCUUGAUCCGUAUCCCAACGUGGCCACCAUUGAAUUCCUCGCCGGUGAACUUGCCUUGUCCUCGAGGACGAUAACGAACUGGUUUCACAAUCAUCGAAUGCGACUGAAGCAACAGACGCCGCAUGGCCAGCCAGAGCCACAAUCGCCGCGAGAACCCAGCCAACCAUUCGACCCUGUUCAAUUCAGAUUACUCUUGAACCAAAGACUGCUGGAGAUUCAGAAGGAGAGGCUGGGUCUGGGGAAUGUACCUUUGCCUUACUCUCCGUACUUUAAUCCCAAUCUAGCGACCUUGGUAGGUAACGCUCUGAAGGAACAAUGUUCCGGCCUCGACCUCUCGAUGAACGCCCUCAAGAGGGAGCCUAAUCAAGAGUUUGAGGAUGAGGACGCCGAGGACGCGAUGAGUAAUUUAGGUAGCGAAGAUUCGGACGGGUCAGCCGGUAGUAUAAAGAGGGAACCCGCAGAAACGCCGACAGCACCCACCACGGUCAGGUCCAACAGGAGAAAACCCGCAGCUCCGCAGUGGGUGAAUCCCGAGUGGCAAGAACCAACGAGAACGGGUGACGAGGUGAUCAUCAACGGCGUUUGCGUGAUGCAGACGGACGAUUACGGCGUGAAGAGGGAGGCCGAGGAGACCAUAAGGGUCGAACCGACUCCAGUGCAGGACAGAUACGAAGAAGACGCCCAGAGCGACGUCUCUUCCGUAUCCGGCAACAAUGGAGCCGACCGGGAUAGUCCGCUGCCAAGUCCAAAGUCCGGUCAGAAUAGUCCAGCGACGUCGCCCAGACCGCCGUCGGUGCAGCAGACGCAACAAUCCACGGAGGAAAGUCCGAAGGACGUAGUGAAGCACGAGCCGGAAGAAACGUGGGAUUACUAGGACAGUUCGAAAUGUGAAAUUCCAUGGAGUUAUCCGCAAACUCAGUGCUUCUUCUUCGGACAGAGUCAAAACUGGAGCGAAGUCUCCGACGUGUCCCCGUCAGGGUCACGUCGUUGAAAUAUGCCAAAACAACGCUUUGUAGAAAAAGGCGGUCCGCGAGGAUCACCGGUCUAGUUAAGUUUUAAACGAGGAAACCAGUUAUAGGACUCGGACACGUGGGGCCGAGUCCUGCCUACUACGAGGGCAUUAUCAUAGAGAGGCAAACGCGAUGUACGGGUCUAAAGAAAUUCUUGGAAGGAGUCACCGAGGAGGAAAGGAGAGGUCGAGAGACGACGAGAGCUAGUAGGAGAACAAAACGAUCAAAACUGAACAGAGCUCAAUCAAAAGAACUCACUUUGUGACGUUUUCUACGCGACAAGUGGUACGAGAUAAGUGUCGGUGCGCGCGAUUCAAGGGCGAAAUCGUAUUGUUAGAAGACUAUGAAGUACAACGGGGCCGGCUACGGGACGACGAUGACGACGACGACCACGACGACGACGGGCUCUCGUUGCAACUCGUUCGAAAUUCGAGAGAACCCCGGCUGCUUUCGCUUUCGUAUACUUCCCCUCGGUGAUGAAUGAUUGAUGCAUCAUUCCAGAGGUGGGAGACGAACGGACUAGAUAAUGCGCGGAAAACAGAGGUGGUCCGGGUUCGCCACAGUGCAAUCUCCCAGUAACCAAUUGUUAGAUCGAAUUAUUAUUAAUUUUUAACGAAAUUAAGCGCGACGAAACGGCCGAUUAAUAAUUAUUACAUAAUUGUGAUUCAUGUUAUUGUUUAUACUUGCCUCCCUAUUCCCGAUAGUGAUUAAGCUGUUAAUGUUAUAUACUCCUUCUCCCUUUCUCCCUCUCUCUCUCUCUCUCUCUCUCCAUCUAUCCCUUUCUCUUCUCUUUCUCCCCGGUUUCGAACUUCUUUAUCUCUUUUGGUUAAAAACUCGACGUUUCCCUUUCCCUGUUCUCUUUUCUCUACACUAUUCUUGCUACGUCUAUUUAUAAAACUGCGAGGAGAAUGAUCACUUAAGACCGUUACCAAUGUUAUUAUUAUCACUGCUAUUAUCACUACGGAUUAUUUUAUUAUUAUUUUAUUAUUAUUAAUAUAAUAUUAUUAUAUAAUUACCAUUAUUAAAUAUUCUCAGUUAUCAAGCGCACUGUCAUCGAUUACUAUUUUUACAUUAAUAUGGCGUGCAGAAUGUAAAAUAUCAAAAAAGAAGUAAAUCUAUUCGUUUCAUGAGACGAUUAUUUAAAUUUCCUUUUUCUAUUUGUUCGAGACUAUUAGCUGUGCUAAAAGAAAAAAAAAUUGGUGAUGAAUAUUUUUGAUGAUUACAAAUAUUAUUGUAUUAUUAGACUUAUA